AUGGCUGGCGAACAUGAGCAAUAUGCGAACCCCCUGCUCCUUGACUGGGUCAAGGAGUGGCUGGAUACCGCCAGAGAGCGAGGCAUGAAGAGCGUCACAACCUAUAGGAAUGCCUACGAGUCGUUGAAGGCAUGCCCCAUCACUUUCAAGCAUCCACGCCAGCUGGUCCAGCUCAAAGGCUUUGGGGACAAGCUGUCGUCUCGCCUUACGGACAAAUUGAAGGAGCACUGCGAAGCCAACGGCCUACCCAUGCCCAAGAAUCCUCGGUCAUCUAAGGAAGACCGCGCAUCCCUUGGCGCUGCCGCUGAAGAAGAUGAGCCCGCUCCUCCACCAAAGAAGGCACGUAAGGCCAAGCCAUACGUCCCAACAUAUCGUUCAGGCCCCUACGCUCUCAUCCUGGCCCUCGCUACCCUGGACGAAGAUGCCUCCCUCGGCAUGACCAAGACGAAGUUGAUUGAACUUGCCCAAGAAAACUGCGAUUCGUCAUUUACCGCGCCGAGUGAUCCUACCAAGUUCUACACGGCCUGGAACUCGAUGAAGACAUUGAUUGACAAGGACCUGGUGUGCGAAAAAGGCCGCCCGCAGAGACGCUACUCCCUUACAGACGAUGGCUGGGAUGUUGCCAGGCGGAUUAAGAAAACAACAGAGGGCGAGCAAGCAGAUGACAUCGCUGCUGGACCAAGCACCCGCACGGAAUCCGUCAGGCCGGAUUCGGUGUUCAACCAGAUUGGGAGAGAGGCUUCUGCCUCUGUUGAACCGAUUGAGCAGCCUAAGCCUUCAUCACAAUAUGAAGGGGUCGUUUCGAAUGGCCCAGGCGUUGCAGACAAUGCGGCACUGCCCAAAUUCACCCCAAUCCGGUUGCUCCCAGGCUCGUUUACAGUUCACUUAGCACUGGACAAUCGCGAAGUCCGAGCACUGAAGGACCGCGACUAUAUGCAAGAAGAAUUGACCAAGAAGGGCGUCAAGCCUCUGGUGCGGGCUUUGGAAAUUGGCGAUGCCCAGUGGAUUGCAAAAUGUCACGAUCCGGCUGCCCUGUCCCGCCAUGGCGCAGAAGGAGACGAAGUUGUCCUUGAUUGGAUUGUUGAGCGCAAGCGGCUCGACGACUUGGUCGGCAGCGUCAAAGACGGCCGUUUCCACGAACAGAAAUUUCGCUUGCGAAAGUCCGGCGUCAAAAACGUCAUCUACAUCAUCGAAGAGAUUUCCAUGGAUUCUAGUUACUUUCAAAAGGUCGAGGAGAUGAUUCAGUCCUCAAUAGCGUCGACCCAGGUGGUAAAUGGCUACUUUCUUAAGAAAACGCAGAAGAUGGACGACACCAUCCGCUAUCUGACGCGGAUGACAUUCAUGCUCAAGAAGAUGUAUGAGCGAAAGCCCCUGUUGGUGAUCCCCACCACGGUCUUGACCGCGCAGAACUACCUCCCGCUGCUCCAGCACCUUCGUGAGAAAGAACCAUCGACCGGUUACUACAUCACGUACCCGGCAUUCGCAUCUCUCGCGUCAAAGUCCGACAUGAUGACAUUACGAGACAUAUAUCUUAAGAUGCUCAUGACGACAAGGGGCAUUACAGGGGAGAAGGCACUAGAGAUUCAGAAGAAGUGGAAGACACCUCAUGAUUUGAUAAAGGCGUUUGAAGAGUGUGGCUCGGGCGAGCAGGGGACCAAGAGAAAGCGGGAAAUGGUCAUAAGUGGAUUGCCCAACCUCGUGGGUCGGAAGAAAAUACCCAAAGCCGUCAGCCAACGACUCGCAGAAGUUUGGGGCGAUGCAUGA